CUAUGGGCGUCGGCGGGACCGGGGACAUUAUAGGCAGGUCUGCAUAUAGGUACUGCUAACCAUUCGGGCUGGGCGCCGUAUUACAUCGUGAUGUAGUACCCGCCUUGGGCUAUCUGCCCACUCGGGCACGACACGCACCAAGUACAAUACGACGGUGUGCGUCUAUCAUUCGACGUCAAUGCGCUAUGGCGUGCGGGCGUGCAGACUUUCCUGUCUAAGUAUAUACCGCAUGCUCGCAUCGGGUGCGUCUCAGCCUCCAUCGCUUGCCGAGCACCUGUCCGUGGAGAAUGUAACGAGGGGAGAAGACGAGAUGGAGAAAUGCAGGCAGGGAGGAGGUGAGGAGAGCGGGCAAGUUUUCAGGACAGGCGACUUGAAGAAAAAAAAAAAGAGCUUGUGAUGAAUCAGCUGCAAUUCGAUUCCUGUAUUCAACCAGGAGUACGUACAAGCUGGGGUUUGGGAAUGCGGCGUGUACCUACAUGAGGAAGAGCCCCCGCGGUCUUACAUAGACGCGUAGAAGGAGCCAUAACAGGGGGGCGGCAAGGGGCUGAAGAGAAGAGGGGGAACCGUAGUCGUGCUGACUAGUCUCGCGUCAAUAUUUACAUAGCAGAUGGUAAUGACAUCGUUAGGUAAUGGAAACACCAUAGACUGGGGGAAUACAUAGCCUAGCAGUUGUGUGCCGUAUUCUUCCCCGCCUUGUUCGCAUGUAGGACUCCAGAACCAGCUCCGUAUGACUUUAUCUUAGCUCGUGUCUUUAAUACUGUCUCAGGCAUUUGAGAAACUCCGUUAUCGAUGGUAAACCUAGGAUGGCAUCAUACCUGCAUCCCGAAGGAGUGCAACAGCUGAUAGUGUUGGUAGACCAUGUUGGCCGAGACGGAGAUCUCCCGGAGAGGCCGCUAACGCCAGAGUCAGAAUCCGACGAGAUGGAAAUCAAGACGUAGAGAAAUUUGUCAUAUAUGAUGUCGCGAGAAAGUAC